CCUUAAAAGGCAUUAAAAUAACAAUGGGAUCAGUAAACCCUUUCUCCCUCCUUCCCUCUCUCAGUCUCUCUCUCUCUCUCUAUCUCACUUUGAGUCCCCUAAUGCUUAGAUUAGAUUAAACAGGGCUCUUUUAGAAAAGCAUAAAUUACUGAGAGCAGUUGGAAGUGAUUAACCACCCCUCUUUAACUAAAGGUGCCCUUCGUCUUCACCUCUCCCUUCUUUUUACCUUCUGCCCUCCUGGCUUCUGGCUCACUAGUAGCUAUUUCAAGCUCUGAUUUGACGUCUUAAUCAUCUUUCAUGCUCAUCUUCAUAAGCCCUUAUUCAUGUACCUUUUAGUAGCUUUGACUGAUGCCACAAGUUUCAUACAAGCACAGUGAGAGAGGAACUGGUGCUUGGAAGAAUUCUUACUGAUAUUUAAAACAGCUAUUUGCAUGCAGAUCGCUUAGCUGGAAAUAGUGAAAGACUUUUCUCUUCUGGAAAAAGUUCAAUGUAUUCCACUCAACAAUCUGAGGGAGGUGUUGGUACAUCAGCUUCAGCUGGGAUAGUUUCCGACGAGUGCUUGGGGAACACUUGGGAUUCCCUUAGCGUGGUCCAAAGUAUGAACUUUACUGAGGCAAAUAGAAUCACUUCCCACCGCGACAUCAGGUUGCCAUUAGAUCAUCAACUUAGUGGUUUGGUUGCUGGUACUGCUACUCUCUCACCCAGUGACAAGGGAAGAUCUCAUGAAGACAUGGAUUCCUUCCCUUCAUCUCAAAGGCACCGGCAUAAUAAGAGGAAAAUUGAUAGUGUUCAGAAUCAGAAUGUUAAGGUCGAAGAGCAGCAUGAUGUUUUGCUUGAGUCUGUCAAGGAUCAAUCAGGGAAAGAUGAGAAGAAACAGAAUAAUGAAAUCAGCAACAAAAAUAGCAAAGGCCCUGAUGCUUCCAAGGAUGAUUACAUUCAUGUAAGGGCCAAGAGAGGCCAGGCCACGAAUAGUCACAGCCUUGCAGAAAGAGUUAGAAGGGAAAAAAUCAGUGAAAGAAUGCGACUUCUUCAAGAUCUUGUUCCAGGAUGCAACAAGAUCAAUGGCAAGGCUAUGAUGCUUGACGAGAUAAUCAACUACGUACAGUCAUUGCAGUGCCAAGUUGAGUUUCUUUCGAUGAAGCUUGCGGCUGUCCAUCCAGAAAUGACCUUUGAUCUUGAGAGAAUUGUUCCUAAAGAUGUGCUUCAACCGUGCUACGGAGGAUCUGCUGUCCUCGGAUUCAGUCCAGGAAUGAGCAGCUUCCCGCCCCACUUAUAUGCCUCCGCCUUCCAGAGAAUCACUCAACCUGGAACGCCUUGCGUUGCUCCUACUUCAAGGGACUUGCAGCAAGAUUCCUUGUUACAAGUCUCACACCUGGAUCAGCAUUUGAGUCCAUGGCAGAAUGAGCUCCACAUCAUGAAUCCGGCUCCUUGUGAAGUCGCAACAGAUCACAUUGGAAGUUUUUUAAUGGCACAGACUCCAUGAAGAUCCUGCAGCUGGAAGCCGCUAGUAAAGUGAAGCGUAGCACUUCUCCUAACUAAUCCACACGAGAAUGUAGUGCAUCUAUUCUUGUCCUGGAUCAUUCAAAAGUUGUGGGCACAGAGUCACACUUCUGACAUUUUCCUUGAUUUUUCUUUUUUUUUUUUUGGUUGCAUUUGUCAAAUGAUACAUGGAGUGUGAUGGAUGGAUUAAUCCGAUUGUUUCUGCUUCAUUAGUUUAUCAUAUUUUCUGGGUUGUUGUUGGAAGGUAA